AUGGCGUUCUUUGGAUGGGAGCAAAGACAGGUCACCACCACAACCCAACUACGUUCAGAGCGCCGCGCGCAGCUGGGUGGGCCUGAGCCCUGCAGCCCGGGCGAGUACUGGUCUGAUGGCCGGUGCUGCCUGCUCUGUCCUGCAGGUGAAUAUGUGAGCCAGGCCUGCGUGAGCCCCCACACCCGGGGAUCCUGCGUGAAGUGUGAGCCAAGGACCUUCACCACGUCCGCCAAUGGCCUGUCUGCUUGUCAGCCCUGUUCCACCUGCGGUGCGGACCAGGAAAUGGUGGUGGAGUGCUCAUCAACCCGGAACCGGGUGUGCCGGUGCAGGAGUGGCCAUUUCUACCUGGCUCCAGAGUCCAUUGAAUUCUGUGCCCCAUGUACCAAGUGUCCUGAAGGGAGGCCUGUUCUGCAGCAGUGCAGUGCCACAGCCAACACAGUGUGCAGUUUGGAUGUUCUAAGUAAGAGAAACCGAUGGUGGCUACUAAGCAUUCUGCUCACGCUGGUUUUGAUGGCUGGUACUGUCUUAUAUGUCACAGAGGGUGGGCCUGCCAGAGGCAGCCAGGGCUCACAUGUAUAAUUCCAGCUACUCGGGAAAUGUGAGGAUCAUGGUUCGAAACCAGCCUGGGCAAGAAAGCCCAUGAG